UUAAGCCUUUUGAAUUGACGUGCGAGGCCGCUUCUGGUUUGAUUCAGUCCUCCCUUUGCAUCUUCGAACAUAUAUAUACACUCUUUCCUCUUUCAUCCUCUGUUUCAAUUCAAUCUACCACUUGUCUAACCAAAACCCCAAAAUUUCCCUAAUGCUCAAAACAUUCAAGUGUGGUGCGUUUCAUCACGAGGAAGAAGAUGAAGCAUGUCCCAGAAGCUCUGAUUCGUCCACUGCAAAAUCUAAAAGAGGCAAAAAACAUGGCAAGUCAAGCAAGAACAACAAUCCUUACUCGACGCGUGGGCUGGAUAAGUUUUCUGCACUCCUAGCUGAUCUGGAUGAGAGGAGGCAGAAGAUUUACUCGCAGGCGGACCCUCAUGAUAUCUCUUUCGUUCGCUUCGUCUACACCGAAACAGCCGAUUUCGUCCCCGUGGUGGUCAAAACGAAGAACAAGGACCCGCGGAAGCACAAGAGUGAGGAGCUGAAAGCAAGACCCGCGCCUGUAAUUUCAGAGCCAAACGAAAAUAAUAAGCCGGCGAUUGAAUCUUGUGGUGCGGAAGAAUCUAGACGGCGUUCCAAUGCGGAAUCUGAUAGCAGAAAGGCGGAGAAAACGAGGGACCCUUGGAAUAUGUGGAGACGACCGUCGGAGUAUCUGCCAGUGGUGAUGAUAUUGAUUCUAGUGUUCUUGAUUGUGUUCGGACGAUCUGCCGCAACUCUGUGUACAUGUAUUUUGUGGUAUAUUGUGCCGACGUUGAAGGAGAGCUCGAAAUUAAGAAAGUCAGCGAAGAAGAAAGAGCACGUGAGAGGGAUGAGUGAGAAGAAGGUGGAGAGUGAUGAGUUGGGAUCUCCGAGACCGAGGGCCGAGUCUCCGGGAAGGCACGGCCAUCGGAAAAGCUGGUGAAGGUGAUCUGAGAUUCAUUAUAUUCCCUUCUUUUUUGGGUCAUUUUCUUGUACAGUGCCCUCUCGUCUCAAUUUGGAUUUUGUUUCUGUGAAUACAAGUUGGUAACAUGUUGUGAGCCUAAA